UGUCCACUGUGUUGUUUCCUCAAAAUCAAUCAUUACUGAAAGUGGAACAAUUGCUCUGAAAAUCUUUUGACGUUACAUUUAAACCAUCUAGCAGUGACUGUACAGGGGGAACGCGCAUGCGCAGUCGCAGCCGAGAAGCCGCAGACGAUCGGAGCUGUGCCCCAAAGUAAGGGAAAGGGAAAGAUAAGAGUGCCACAGUGAGCAUGGAGGCUCCACCUAAAGAACCUGAUUGCACCCCUUUGGAACCAUCCUCCUCAUCCCCCAGCAAGGUUGUUCUUAUCAGUGGGAGUGAGGAUGUGGCCAAGAACGCUCGACCACAGACACACACCACCACAGCUUUUCUCCUGCCAGCUCCUGGCCAUCAGAAGAUAGAGGUGACACCAGCUCUCGCAGUAGGAGAACCAGGUAAAAGAGGCAGGGCUAAUGAGACGGCCGCCCCCACCCUGACAGCACAGGUAGGAGGGGCUUGUAGCAUUGUCCAUGUCCUAGAGUGGAAGGAGGGAAUGGCCAUCCUGCCCAACAGCAACCUCAAGUUUUGUGUAAGUGAAGUAGGAACGCUAAGCACACUGAUCACCCCAGGGACCACCAGCAGCAUCACCGAACCAGCAGCCAGAACGUCUGUGAGAUCCACUGACGCAGAAAGUUCUCCAGUGGGCAAGUCAGAUGUGUCGGCCCCUGGUGUCUCCAUGAGCGCUGUGACUGUUGAGCCAGAAAGGUUGUUGAUGCCAGGCAAACCUGAAGUCCAGAUCGGACCAGGCCAACACAACCAUGAUCCACGAGCUCAAAGGACAUACACAGAGGAGCUCCGCAGGGAGCCCAUUACUGACAAGAGGAUCAUCGGGGUAGAGAAGGUGCCAGCAGGUGGGAGAAUCUCCUCUCUUAACCCUGAUCAUCUGAAACCCAUGAGGAAGAGAAAGAGGAAAGAAUACCUGAGUCCCUCUGAGGAAGACUCUGACAUGGAAGGCACGGAUGAGAAAAUGGAUGAUUCUAAAGCAGACAUCAGACAAAUCAGAGCUGGAGACAGCAAGACAGAGCAGUGGACGUGGGCUCAGUAUCUGGAGGAAAGAAAAGCAAUUGCUGCACCUAAUCAGCUUUUCCAAGAGGCCCAGAGAGUGCCAACUGUAAAGAACGGCUUUAAACAGGGGAUGAAACUGGAAGGCAUCGACCCGCAGCAUCCGUCCAUGUACUUUGUCCUCACAGUGGCGGAGGUCUGUGGUUACCGGCUGCGGCUCCAUUUCGACGGCUACUCUGACUGUCAUGACUUCUGGGUGAAUGCAAACUCCCCUGACAUCCACCCUGCAGGCUGGUGUGAAAGCACGGGACAUAAACUGCACACUCCCAAAGGUUGUAAAGAGGAGGAGUUCACCUGGACCAACUACCUGAAAAUGACUAAAGCACAAGUGGCACCCAAAGAACUCUUUUCCAGUCCUGGGAGGAUCGACGUGGAGUGCGGUUUCGAGAUAGGAAUGAAGCUAGAAGCCGUAGACCGCAUGAACCCUUCCCUCAUCUGUGUAGCAACCGUGACUGAUGUGGUCGACGACCGUUUCCUGGUUCAUUUCGACAACUGGGAUGAUACAUAUGACUACUGGUGUGAUUCCAGCAGUCCAUUUAUUCACCCUAUUGGUUGGUGCCAAGAAAGGAACCUCCCACUAACGCCACCGCAAGAUUAUCCAGACCAGAGCCAGUUUUCCUGGUCUCGCUACAUGGAAGAGACAGGUUCCAAGGCAGUGGCAGCUGAAGCCUUCAAAGUGCGUGCAGCCCACAGCUUCCAUCCUCAGAUGAAACUGGAGGCCGUGGACAAGAGGAGUCCUGGUCUGAUCAGAGUGGCUACAGUGGAGGAGGUCGACACUCAUCGCGUUAAGGUGCAUUAUGAUGGCUGGAGCCAUGUCUAUGAUGAAUGGAUGGACUCCGAUCACCCUGACAUUCACCCAGCCAGCUGGUGUGAGGCAACUGGUCACCCACUGAAGGUUCCCCCGCGUGAAACCAAAAUACAACAACCACACGUGGUGAGGGAGCCUCCUGCUACAGGCCAGUCCACCUACCCCUCCUCUGUUCCUUGUAAACCAAUCAGCCACCCCAAAACCAACAAGUACAGCUUCCACAACAGGAAGUGUCCGACCCCUGGGUGUGAUGGUUCAGGCCAUGUGACCGGCCGUUUCACAGCUCAUCAUUGUAUAUCUGGCUGCCCCUUGGCUGAGCGCAACCAGGGUAGGCUGAAGGCUGAACUGUCUGACUCAGAGUGCAAGAGGAACCUCUUCUUUGGACAACGGACCAAGAAAACCCACUACCGUGGCAGGAUUGGCCGUCCUCCCAAAUACAGGAAGAACCAACAGAGAGACUACCAGAAUCUGUCCUCAGAGGGUAUGUAUCCCUCACUCUUCAUGUCAGCUUUAAGCGGCCAGUCAGACAGGACUCUCUCACUUUGCUGGGAGCAGCACUGUAAGCUGCUUCCAGGUGUACAGGGCAUUCAUGCCAGCCAGGUGGCAGGAUGGGACAUUGAAGAGGUAUUCAGGUUUGUCCAGAAUCUAAUUGGCUGUGAAGAACAGGCUCGUCUCUUCAAAGAAGAGAUGAUCGACGGGGAGGCCUUCUUGCUGCUGACCCAGACCGACAUUGUGAAGAUCAUGAGCAUCAAACUAGGCCCAGCCCUAAAGAUCUCCAACGCCAUCCUCAUGUUCAAGAGCACAGAUGAGGGACUCAAGUGAUCCCACCCUUCAUCACUGAGGCCAUUGAGCAGCCAGUCAUCGUGUGCCAAAUUCAUACUGUUGCAGGAAAACGGCCCUGACUCCUUUUUUUCAUGUGUUUGAUGUCCUUUACCCAUCAGAGAGAGAGGGGGGGGGGGGGGGGCAAUGAGAUAGGGGUAAGAAAAUAUAUAACAGAGGUUGGAAGAAGAAGGGAAAUUAAAAUCUAUAAAUAUGGAACAUUAUAGAAGAUAUGGAGAUUCAUUUUUUAUAUAUAUUUAUAUACACAUUUUCACACACACACACACAUAUUGGUAUAGAGAGUAGAUUGGAGGACGGAAGAGGUAGUUUUGACAACUGAUGACUGGAGUUCUGUCUGAGUAUGAUCAUAACUCUCCUCUGCCAAUCUGUGUAGAUGCUCAUAUGUCAUUAUUUAUCCAAUACCUGUAUAUUAAAAGCCCCACUGAAGAUUAGGUAAGUAAAGAAAAAAAACGUUACAAAAAAAGGGAUCAAAACUCAUCCGAGGUUUUAACACAGAUUUAAUUAAUCUGUUUGGUUCCUUCUUCUGGGUCUCCUUCUAAAGACAUGUCAUUUUGGAUCAGCUCACAUCUACAUGGGUGAAACAAAUACUAUGUAUAUUUCUCCUUCCUGAACUAAAAUCAUUGUUAUUGAUACAAGGCUUGGCAUAGGUCAGUAUGAACUUAACCCAACACCUUGUAAAGAGAGACUUGAGAUAUCUUUUGGAAAAGUGUUUAUACAUAAACAAAUGUUCAGGACUACCAUACCCAGAUUCAGAUCAAAGGUCACACAUUAUUAACUUUUUAACAAGUUUAGAUAAAUCUCAGAGCUCCCCAAAACACGUCUGUGUAAUUCCUUGCUAAAAAUCCACUCUGAUCCUGUAUUUGAUCAUGCCUAUUAACCCCUCUAUUUCAGCCCUGCUCAGAACAGGCUGUUUCUGUGUCUGUACCUUUAAAUAUGUAAAUGAGCUGUGUCAGACCACGCCCCUCUCUGGAAGGGGAUGUGGCUUGGGC